GAUGCCCGCUGAUGCUGCUGCUGCUGCUGCUGAACCGACUGCAGCAUCCAUCCGACAUGGGCAUCCUGUAAUCCCGCCGUUCCACAAUGACUCUCUCUCUCUGCACGUGGGGGAAAAACUAAGAUGACAUUCCACUGAGGACUGAGAAAGGGACGAGCAGUGAAAGAAAAUCAGGUCUUCUUCCAUUGUUUGGAAAAGGGAUUCUUCCGCAGCAUUCUACCAACGCACAGAAAAACACGAAAGGAGCGCCGUCACAGAGCUGAUAUCUUCCCGCCCACACUUUCUUGUGGAAAUUCUUCCCUCAGACUUUGACCCUUGAUCUUUUACUCUUCACGAUGAGUAGUCUGGUAGGGAAACUGGACCCACGCAGGAUACAGUGGGGCUCGGCAUGGAACACUUUUGCAUCCCGUGUCCUGAGGACCAAACCCGUGGAGUCCAUGUUGGAUUCAGCCAUGUCUGGUACCGGAGCCCAUGGAACCAGACUGGCCAGGGUGCUGUCUACGGUGGACCUUGUGUCACUGGGUGUGGGCAGCUGCGUUGGGACUGGGAUGUACGUGGUUUCUGGGCUGGUUGCUAAGGAGAUGGCCGGUCCAGGGGUCAUUGUGUCCUUUAUUAUAGCUGCUGUGGCCUCCAUAUUGUCAGGAGUGUGUUAUGCAGAGUUUGGCGUCCGCGUGCCUAAGACCACAGGUUCAGCCUACACAUACAGCUACGUGACUGUGGGCGAGUGUGUGGCCUUUUUCAUCGGCUGGAAUUUAAUUCUGGAGUAUCUGAUCGGCACGGCAGCGGGGGCCUCGGCUCUCAGCAGCAUGGCCGACUCGCUGGCCAAUCACAGCAUCAGUAACUUUAUGAUCUCACACAUUGGGACACUCAACGGUCUGGGUAAAGGAGAACAGUCCUACCCUGACCUCUUGGCGCUGCUCAUCGCGCUGCUGGUGACAGUGAUCGUAGCUUUGGGAGUGAAGAACUCUGUAGGCUUCAACAACGUUCUGAACGUCAUCAACCUCAUAGUGUGGGUGUUCAUGAUGAUCGCCGGUCUGUUCUUUGUCAAUGGAGAGAACUGGGACGAGGGCAGAUUCCUGCCAUUUGGGUGGUCAGGGGUGAUGCAGGGUGCAGCCACCUGUUUCUACGCCUUUAUUGGAUUUGACAUUAUUGCAACCACUGGAGAAGAGGCCAAAAGUCCAAACACUUCCAUCCCCUAUGCCAUCACUGCGUCGCUGAUCACCUGCCUCACAGCCUACGUCUCUGUCUCUGUGAUCCUGACCCUGAUGGUGCCGUACAAUGAGAUCGAUGCUGAUGCCCCACUGAUGGAGAUGUUCGCUACGCAUGGCUGUAUGUUUGCCAAGUACAUUGUGGCGGUCGGUUCCAUAGCUGGACUCACCGUCUCCCUCCUCGGGUCCCUCUUCCCGAUGCCCAGGGUCAUCUAUGCCAUGGCGGGGGACGGACUGCUGUUUAAGUUCCUGGCCAACGUGUCUACGUACACAGAGACUCCUGCCGUUGCUUGUGUCGUAUCAGGCUUUCUUGCUGCCCUGCUGUCCCUCCUGGUCAGUCUGCGAGACCUCAUAGAGAUGAUGUCUAUAGGAACCCUGCUGGCCUACACCCUGGUGAGUCUGUGUGUACUUCUGUUGCGUUACCAGCCUGAGGGUGACAUCCAUGGCUUUGUGAACUUCCUCUCUGAAGAGCAGAACAACAAAAAGAAGGAGGGCGUCUUGGCAGAGUGCGAGAAAGAUGCAUGUUCACCGACCAGCGAAGCCGACGAAUACGGAGGUCCGCCGACAAACACCUGUGGAGCCAAAAACCUGCCGUCACUUGGUGACAACGAAAUGCUGAUCGGCAAACCGGAUAAAAACGCCUACACCGCCAGCCACCCGAAUUACGGCACGGUGGACAUGACCACAGGAAUCGAAGCUGAGGAGACGGAGGGCGGGAUGUCUCGGCGCUUGAAGAAACUCAUCGGGCCACGUUACUACACCUUAAGGAUCCGACUGGGCCUUCCAGGAAAGAUGGACCGUCCAACCCCGACCACUGGGAAAACCGUCACUGUCUGUGUCCUGCUGCUCUUCAUCUUCAUCUUCGCUUUCUGCUCCUUCAUCAUUUUCGGAGCCGGCUACAUCGGGGAGGGUCGCUGGUGGGCUUUGCUGCUGUUAAUCUUAUUUAUCGUCGUCCUCGCCCUGCUUAUCAUCAUCAUCCUCCAGCAGCCAGAGAACCCCAAGCGGCUGCCGUACAUGGCGCCCUGUGUGCCCUUCGUACCUGCGUCAGCCAUGCUGGUCAACAUCUACCUCAUGCUUAAAUUGUCUGCCAUCACCUGGAUUCGAUUCUCAAUCUGGUGCCUCGUGGGUGUUCUCAUCUACUUUGGCUACGGCAUGUGGAACAGCACACUGGAGAUCACGGCCAGGGAGAACGAAGUGCACGCCUCCACCUACCAGCGCUACGAUCAGGGCGUGGACGAAGGCUUCUGCGGCUUCGACGACGACUUCUACCCCCCCGCCAGUGACCCCUGGGGUGCACCUGAAGGGGAGUCAGGGAGCACCCGGGCCCCGGAAGCAAAACCUGAAAGUGAUGGGACACCGUCCAAAGGCGGAGGCAGGACCAUUACGAAUCACGGCCUCGCAGAGGAGGAUCCGAUGGAUUUCUGAAGGGACUGACUCUGUGUUCCCCUGAAUGUACUGCCUUGUCUGCUGCCUGUGGGAAGGGGAGGGGUCCGUGGUGUGAGUGCACAAAUGACAGUGUGUGUGUCGAGUGUGCAUGCUGCAUGUGUGUACUCGUUUGUGCGUCUAACUAACCCUUGGGCUAGAUUGUUUCUCGGCAGCGGAACGCCUUCUUUCACCUUUCUCUGCAGCACUCGCCUCCCCCUCCCACAGCAAAUGUGGACGUCAAGGUCAUGCAUGUGUUGUCGCAGCCACUUGUUAUUCACUUCCAAAAGGUCCACACCUACACAAACUGAGGAC